UGCUCGCGACAAUGGGCUACAUUACCCCUGAGAUCACCGGCAAGCUCCCAGGCUAUUUGUCCCCAUCGGCCGGUCUUAAAUUUGCCGACGUGCCAAACGGACUUGCAGCAAUCUCCAAGGUGCCUGCAGCAGGUUGGGGACAGAUCUUGGCCUACAUGGCAUUCUGCGAGGUUUCCCAGGAUCAGUCUCCUGGCACACCUGCGGCUGCUGGAGAUUUUGGCUUCAAGGUCUUGACCUCAUCCGAUCCUGCUGAGAAGACCAAAAAACUUAGUGCCGAACUUGCCAAUGGCCGCCUUGCGAUGAUGGCCAUCAUCGGGAUGUUCUUCCAGGAUGGUCUGACUGGAAGUGCAUGGGGUGACUGGGCCAACUACACUGCGUCUCCUUUGCGCGCCUUCGAGAAUGAGCUUGGCGUGCAGGCACCGCUGGGCUUCUUCGACCCCUUCGGCUUGACCAAGGACGGAGACGUGGAGGCCUUCAAGCGUCGCCGUGCCACCGAGUUGAAGAACGGCCGUGUGGCCAUGUUGGCCACCAUGGGCUACAUUGUCCCGGAAUAUUUCCGCUUCCCAGGAUACUGCUCCCCGACCGCUGGGGUCAAGUUCUCAGAGGUGCCCAAUGGCUUGGCUGCAUUGGGCAAGGUGCCAGCUGCUGGCUGGACCCAGAUUUUCCUCUUUCUCGGUCUGGUGGAGAAGGGGAUCUACACCUAUGAUCCCACCCGAUCCCCCGGAGACUACAAGAGCGCAGGUGUCCUGGGCGUGCCCAACGGCAGCACGAUGGUACCCGGUGAGGGCCGCAACCGCAAACUGAACUCCGAGCUCGCCAACGGGCGCCUGGCGAUGAUGGCGAUCAUUGGGAUGUUCUUUCAGGACGGUUUGACUGGAUCAGCCUGGGGCGAUUGGGCUGCCUACACGGAUUCCCCAUUGAGGGCCUUUGAGAAUGAGCUGGGUGUCCAGGCGCCUGUGGGCUACUUCGAUCCAAUGGGUUUGGCCAAGGACGGGGACGUGAAGACCUUCCGCCGCCGCCGCGAGAGCGAGCUGAAGAACGGCCGUGUGGCAAUGUUCGCCACCAUGGGCUUCAUCCUGCCGGAGUACUUCCGCUUCCCUGGCUACCUCUCGCCCGCCAAGGGUCUGAAGUUUGCGGAUGUGCCGAACGGCCUGGCGGCGCUCUCCAAGGUGCCUUUGACCGGCUGGAUCCAGAUUUUCCUUUUCUGUGGCAUGGUGGACUUUGGCCUCUACAGGGCGGAUGACUCUCGCGACCCGGGGGACUAUGAGAACGCCGGGAUUCUGGGCGUGCCCAACGCCAGUGGUCCCAUGAGCGACGCGGAGGGCCGCAAGAGGAAGCUGAACAGCGAGCUGGCAAACGGUCGCCUUGCCAUGGUGGCAAUCACUGGCAUGCUCUUCCAGAACGGAGUCUUGGAACUUGAUGAACUGGUAAGUUUGCGAAACACAAACUGGACAUAUGCAGUUGCAUGGGCACUGGGUGUUGGAGAUGGAAGACGUGUUCCACGGACCUAGUUUGUUUCUAAUUCUAUACUUGAUAAUACUGAUUGAUAUAGCAGAUUUCUCCAUUGUGUAUAGAUAAGAGGACGCGACCUGGACCUUCUUGAAAUCACCAUUUCUUGGCUACAGCAGAGACUAUCAAUUUCAGAUCUGUGCACCCAAGUUCCGUUUGUCUCACCCAGAAGUUUCGCAUUAAGAGACCUUCCCUUGCCACAAGGUCAAAGGGACACCUGUCAUUCAUGGAAUGGAAUCAUUCGCCACCUUUUCUUACGAUGUACUGAACAUGUUUGCUUCGAUCGCUACUUGGACUUCUUGAAGACACUACUACAUGUGACGGGUGUGUUGGAAAACGAUGGACACCACCAGUGUCAUUAGUAAGUUAUCA